CGCAGUACAGGUCAACGACCCGUAGGUCGGGUCAGCUUCACUAAAUAACAAGUUGGGACAACCGCAGAGCGACUCGGCCUUGAAACAAUCUGGUGAAUUUUGUGGGAGUUUCUGUAUCUCGAACGGUGAACCGUAUCCGUGAUGGUUGUUGACCUCCUCCCGAUUCCUCUGACGUGGGUCUUGCUCGGGCUGCUGGCGCUGCUUGUCUACAUAUAUGGAGUGCGGCCUCUGUCAACUUUCCAGAAGAUGGGGGUUCAUGGACCACGGCCGUGGCCUAUUAUCGGAAAUGUGCUGGAUAUUCGACAUGGGGUCUAUAACCCAGAUCAUCAAGUAGAGAGGUCACAACGGUACGGAAAGGUGUAUGGGCUUUACAGAGGGGCAGCCACACCACUGCUGGUCAUCUCUGACAGAGAGAUGCUUCGAGAAGUCUUUGUCAAGCAAUUUCAAAACUUCUCUCAAAGAACUGGAGACACACAGUUUUUAAAGACCAGACCAAUAGAUCGCAUGCUGACUGCGGUCAAUGGAGAAGAUUGGAAGAACAUGAGGAGCACUCUCAGCCCGGCUUUCAGUGGCAGAAAGCUCAAGCAGAUGUCGGAGCAGAUAAACCGUUGUGCUGACCAGCUUGUGAGCAACUUGGGUGAACACACGAGCCAAGGCCAGUCAUUUGACGCCAAAACACUAACAGGUGCCUUCACUAUGGAUGCCAUUGCCAGUGUAGCAUUUGGAACAGACAUCGACUCUCAACGCAACCCAAAUGAUCCAUUCGUUGUUCACGCCAAGAAAGGCUUUGAAGGACCAUUUAAAAAUCCCUUGUUCUGGAUAUUCCUGUUUUUCCCAUGGAUCAUGAAGCCGCUGCUGGAAGGGAUAGGAUACAACUUCUUCCCACGAAGCACAACAAAGUUCUUCUACAAGGUUCUGGACCAGCUGAUAGAACUACGGCAAACAACUGUGUCUGAACGAUUAGAUUUCAUGCAGCUGAUGUUGAAUGCUCACAAAGAGCCAGAAGAGGAGGAAGAGGACAACAGAGAUGUGAAAGUCCAGGGGAAAAAGCAAGCCUUGACUAAGGAUGAUGUGGUCUCCAACGGCAUUGUUUUCUUCCUGGCUGGGUAUGACACCACUGCCACCACCAUGGCAUUCACCUUGUUCAACCUCGCUGUCAAUCAACAAGCACAGGACAAGGUCAUCCAGGAAGUUGAUGAUGUCAUGAGGGAAAAGGACCAGGUAGACCAUGAAGCCCUUCAGCAGAUGACAUACUUGGAGAUGUGCAUCAUGGAGACACUCCGACUCUAUCCUCCUGCUGCACUUAUCAUGACCCGCAUAUGCACGAGAGAUACAACAAUCCAGUGGCUGAAGAUUCCAAAAGGAAUGACUGUCCUGAUCCCAGUCCUUGCCAUUCAUUAUGACCCUGAAAGGUGGCCUGAGCCAAAAAAGUUCAUUCCUGAAAGGUUUACCUCAGAGGAGAGAGAGAAGCGUGACCAGUACGAUUGGCUGCCGUUUGGCGCGGGACCGCGAAACUGUAUCGGGAUGCGACUGGCCAUGAUGGAGGCUAAGAUCGGGCUGGCAAAGGUUCUCAUGAAGUACCGCAUCAGGACUGGGCCUGAUACUGAUACAACGCUGAAGCUGAAGAAGUUUGAGCCCUUCCCGCAGCCGGUCAAUGGUAUUAAGCUCCAGGCAGAGUUGAGAGCUUGAGACAACACCUAGGCUGGGCUAAAAUACACUUACCACAGUCACAUCCAGCCAUUAUGUACCAUUGACUAGUUAAUGGUUAAUGACCUGCCCCAAGGUGUAUAUGGUGUAGUAAGACCUUGUCAGUUGCUUUUAUUAUUAAAUAAAACAAAGGACCACCUAUAAAAUAGCAAAAGGACCAUUUGAUGAUUUUUCAACAGUUACACUUGUAUCAAGUUUAUAUGACAUACUGGUAGCUGUGUCACAAAAAUUAAAAUAGGGGCUUCUGAUUGGUAAACUUCAUCUGGCUAUAUGAUAAUUGUGAAUAAAUCAUUGGGAUGACAGCAAUUGCAAGUUAUAGUAUUAGUAGCAAUGUUUGCAUAGUCAUUACAUGAAUUGCAAGUUAACAUAAAGUUUGCUUUGUUUGCUUCUUGAAAGAAUGCUUUUUGUGAGCUGUCAUGCCAGACUCUGAACUGGUUGCUGUGUGCAUUAUGAUGUCAAGGAUGGACUUUGAUUUAAUUAUUCAGUUGUGGGAAUCAAAAUGUCAUGAUUUGUAAGGUUCAAUGUUCACCAACAUCGUAAGGGUGUGUAUUUUAUACAAAUGAUCCAGUAAUAAUAUGUAUCAUUAAUAGUAGUUAUUAUUAUGGUUAACAUAAAUGUAGCCAGGAAAUAAUGUAUUUUGGUACAUGGUGCCAUUGCUUAUUUGUGAAGGAUAAGUUAACUUUACACUCAACUGGUCAACUGACAUCUAAUAUACUAGUAGUUUUUAACUUCAUUAUGAAAGAUACAGUACAGUAAUGUACAGUAUUUGAUAACGUUACCAUGAUUGAUUGAUUUAUAUGAGAUCUGAUGACAAUAAAACAUAUGCAAGUUAUAAUGUUAUUUACCGGUAGUUCGUAUUCUUUUAUGUCCUGUAAGUGCAU